CCCCUCCUUUCUCUUCUCUUUAUUUCUCACUGUCUCCGCGCGACCCCCCGUUCCAGUCUGUUGUUCUGUGGUCUGGAGGGGGGGGGAAAGUCUCGCGAUUGUUGGACUUUAUUCGAGAGUUUGUGGAAGAUGGCGCCUGUUGUGACAGGGAAAUUUGGGGAACUUUCUCAGCCAAAGCGUCUUACCAGAGAGGCUAUGCGAAACUACUUGAAAGAGAGAGGCGAUCAGACCGUGCUUAUCCUGCACGCAAAAGUAGCACAGAAAUCGUACGGCAAUGAGAAGAGGUUUUUCUGCCCGCCCCCGUGCGUGUAUCUGAUGGGCUGUGGCUGGAAGAAGAAGAAGGAGCAGAUGGAGCGUGAGGGCUGCUCGGAGCAGGAAGCACAGCCCUGCGCCUUUAUUGGCAUCGGCAACAGUGACCAGGAGAUGCAGCAGCUCAACCUUGAGGGGAAGAACUUCUGCACGGCCAAAACCUUGUACAUAUCAGACUCUGACAAGCGGAAGCACUUCAUGCUGUCGGUGAAAAUGUUCUAUGGCAACAGCACGGAGAUCGGAGUCUUUCUCAGCAAACGCAUCAAGGUCAUCUCCAAGCCCUCCAAGAAGAAGCAGUCACUGAAGAACGCUGACUUGUGUAUAGCGUCAGGCACGAAGGUGGCAUUGUUUAAUCGGUUACGUUCUCAGACGGUCAGUACCCGCUACCUCCAUGUGGAGGGAGGAAACUUCCACGCCAGCUCCCAGCAAUGGGGGGCGUUCUACAUUCACCUGUUGGAUGAUGAGGAGUCAGAGGGGGAGGAGUUUACAGUGAGAGACGGCUACAUUCACUACGGUCAGACUGUCAAACUGGUGUGUUCAGUUACGGGCAUGGCCCUGCCGCGCCUGGUCAUCCGUAAGGUAGACAAGCAGACUGCUUUGCUGGAUGCUGACGACCCCGUGUCUCAGCUGCACAAGUGUGCGUUCUUCCUGAAAGACACGGAGCGCAUGUACCUGUGUCUGUCCCAGGAGCGCAUCAUCCAGUUCCAGGCUACGCCCUGCCCCAAAGAAUCGAACAAAGAGAUGAUCAACGACGGGGCAUCCUGGACCAUCAUCAGCACGGACAAGGCCGAGUACACCUUCUACGAGGGCAUGGGGCCCGUCACGCUGCCCGUCACACCUGUGCCUGUUGUUGAGAGUCUGCAGCUGAACGGCGGGGGAGACGUGGCCAUGUUGGAGCUGACGGGGCAGAACUUCACCCCCAACCUCCGUGUGUGGUUUGGAGACGUGGAGGCGGACACCAUGUAUAGGUGCGGCGAGAGUGUUCUCUGCGUAGUUCCGGACAUUUCGGCGUUCCGUGAGGGCUGGCGCUGGGUGCGUCAGCCCGUCCAGGUCCCGGUAACGCUGGUGCGGAACGAUGGCGUCAUCUACUCCACGGCGCUCACCUUCACAUACACGCCGGAGCCGGGACCCCGCCCACACUGCAGCGCGGCGGGCGCCAUCCUGCGCAGCGGCCCUGCCUCCUCCAUCUCGCCACCGCCGUCGUCCUCGACGGCGUCCUCUGGCCUGCUCCUCCAGUCACGGGUGGACAGCCAGGCUGGAUACCCAGCAGCGCCUGGGGUGUCUUCCUCGUCAUCUUCCUCAUCGGCCAUGUCUGUGUCCUAAACUGGAGGUCACUGUCUGUGAGAGUGUGAGCGUGCGUGCGUGUGUGUGUGUGUGUGCGCGCGUGCGUGUGUAUGUGUGCGCGCGCGUGCAUGUGUGUGUGUGUAAAGGACAAUGGUGUCCUGAGCGGGAAUGGAACUCUGUAGGAACCUCGAGACCAGCACCAGCUCUUAAGCCCACGCCCUCUCCAUCUCUCCACCCCUCCUUCCGCCUCUCUCACUUCCGGGGAACCUUGAAGGGGGCGGGCCUUGCCGCAGUGGGGCGGAGCUCCUGCUGUGGGUGGAGACUGAGAGCAGCAGCCCGGUUGCACAAACGGGAAGUGAAAUUGGAACCAAUCGUGCUUUCGCCGGAGGCAGGGCUAUGUGCAUGCAAGGACAAGCCCAUGGGUGGGGCUAAGCGUGCGCAGAGACGCGCCCCUGGGUUGGGCUAAGCGUGCACAGAGACAUGCCCCUGGGUGGGGCUAAACGUGCGCAGAGACACGCCCCUGAAAGGGCAUGAUGCACUGCUGUGCCAAGCAUGGAGUUAUAGUAAUAUAGUUUUCAAGGACCAAGGAAUAUUAUUAUUAUUAUUAUUAUUAUUAUUAUUGUUAUUAUUUUUAUUGAUAUAUAAUUUUAUAAGCUUUAGCUAAGGUACAUUUUUCACCUUUUUUGGUUUUAUAACAUAUAGUAAACUUUUGUUACCAAAUAGUUUUGUAUAUUUCUGACGAGUGCUUGUGCUCUGAAGUUUAAAGGCUUGUGGACUCAUAGCUGCCUUUUAACCCUCCUGGCCUUAAAUCUGCUGGACUCCAACCAGACUUUUAUUUUGUAAUACUGCUUUUAUUUCAUAUGUCAUUCUUUUUAUCCACCCCCCCUUCCUCAACUGAAGUGUAAGACUGUGUAGUGGGCUGAUUUUCCCCCUUUGGGAGAAGCUGGCGUUAUAGGUUUAUCACAUGACGUUUUUUAAACAAAAAAGCUUUAACGGA